CCGCGCUGUCGGCGAUCGUCUGCUCUGGUCUCGCCCGCAGGCAGGCGCAGGUAGCCGCCUGCCGAGGCAGCGUGUUCCCCGGCGGAUGGAGAGCCUGGAGUCGCUGAGGCCAUGGCAAAGGCAAAUGUCCGCCUGAACGGGUGCAAACGGCCCGCCGGAGCCGGUGAGGACGCGGGGGCCCGGGAGUCUGCUCGGAAGCGGAGGAAGGCGGAUGGCGGCGGCCCUGAGGAAAAGUCACCUCGUUUGUCAGCAGCUUUAUUUGGUGAGGACUGUGAAAUCAGCCGUGACCAGCUGUAUGAGUUGUUGAAGUAUGCAGCUUUGGGAAAAUGCCACAAUGCAACACAGCCCAGCUGGUGCCAUAUUUAUCACCAAAGCCACCUGGCUGGGGUUGUGGUUAUUGUUCUGCAUGAAAUGAGCCAACUCCAUUUCUACAAAUUCUAUUUGCAGUUUAAACACCUCAGAAAACUGUUCCGGCAUAGAUUCACAUUAACCCCUUCUGCCAACUUCCUAGCCAGCCUGUAUGGAGAAGGAGCAAACCUGAAACCUCAAAACACUGCACAAGGUUUGACUUCUACUAGCAGUGAAUGUAUUCCAGAAAUCUCAGAUUUGGAAUGUGAUCCCAUCAUUCGGAAAUACGGAGAGAAAAAGCAAGGCCUUACUAGCUAUACUCUAACUUUAGAAGAGCAGAAAAAAAAUGACUAUCCCAUAAAAGGCUCCCCUGGAUGUAAGGGCUUUGUAGAUACAGAGUGUGAUCAGCAGAGGACGGACAGCAGCCCCCUCUUUGGUCUGGAUUGUGAAAUGUGCCUGACUGCAAAAGGGAACGAAGUCACUCGUGUCUCUUUGGUGGAUGCGCAGGGUCAAUGCCUCUUGAAUGAACUAGUCAAACCUGAAAGCACAAUAGUGAACUACCGCACCAGAUUCUCAGGAAUCACAAAGAAAAUGCUUCUUCCAGUGAAUACAAGACUGCCAGACAUCCAAACCAGACUAAAAAAAUUGCUUCCCCAUGAUGCAGUAUUGGUGGGUCAUUCUCUAAAUGCUGAUCUUCAGGCUUUGGAAAUGAUCCACCCCAGUGUUAUUGAUACUUCAUUGCUUUUUGCCAGAAAUGAAGGUCGAAGAUUUAAGCUAAAGUUUCUAGCCAAAGCUGUUUUAGGGAAGGAGAUUCAGUGUGAACAGAAGCUUGGGCAUGAUCCUGCAGAAGAUGCUAGAGCUGCAUUGGAAUUGGCUCAAUUUUUUAUUGAGCAAGGACCAGCAAAGGUAGCAGAACUAAACUUGGAGAAGCUUCUGACAACUGAAAAACUGGCUGAGGUCUCACAGAACAAAGCUGCAUUACAGCCACAAGGAUGUAGGGUCCAGAAACAGUUGAAUGAGCCUCUACAUUUACCCAAAACAUGUUUUUUAGACUGCUUGCAGGUGACUGGCCAAAAACCCCUCCUUUUGGGCAGACAGGAACUAGACUCUUCUGGCCCAUGUCAGAGUAACCCAAGCACUUCAAACAAACAGAUUCUUCAGAGAGCCUUAGAAGAUGUUCCCCUGUCCACAUUCAGUAUCAUUCAGUUCAGUUUGGGUCCAGAGUACAUUGCAUCUCACCUCCUUGCUGGGCUUUGUGAAAAGGUGAGAAGCAAGCUGACUGACAUGCUGACAAUUUACGCAGGUCCUUUUGAAGAAAGCUUUUGCCUGAAGUCUGUGAAAAAAGAAUUUGGGAGGUGUGGCCCAAUCCAGUCUCUUACAGUGGUAACUGAAACAUACCAGCCAUACGUCUGCAUCCAAUACGAAGUGCUGGAAGCUGCCCAGCUUGCUGUAGAAAGCCUAAAUGGAGCUGAGGUAGCAGGAUCCUACAUUAAGGUCCAGAGACCUGUUGCUGCAGCAAUGCUGGACUGUGAUGUUUUGAUAAGGGAACUAGAACUGGAUGUAGAAAAUGAAGGUGUGAUUUAUGUGGCUGGUCUAAAGAAGUCAUUAACAGAGACAGACUUGCAAGAAGAAUUCAGCCAGUUGAAAGACCUGGAAACACUGUUCCUGCCAAAGGAUCUCCAGAGUGGAAAGCACAGGAACUGCUGUUUCCUCAAAUUCCAGAAAUCACAGAGUGCUGUGGAUGCCCUUGACGUUAUAAAUGGAUGGACCAUGAAGGGCAGUAAACUAAGAAGUAGGAACGCUCUUGCUUCAGGUCACCUCUGCAGAUGGAUCUGGCAAAUGAAUCACAGCAAUGGGAAGCAAGGAGGAGACAUCUCAUAUAAGAAAAUGGGGCCACUGUCAGACUCGGAGCAGGAUCUAACGAAAAAGGUGAAGAAGUUAGACCAGCAUAUCAAAAAGCUUUAUAGAUGUCUGCAAAGUAACACCCUGUGCAUUGUUCUCUUUCCUGGAGCAAACAGCAUGCACGGAUCACAGUCUGGCCUUGGUCUGAUGGGAAUAAAAGAUGACGGAGGGAGGAGUGCUUGUUGAACUGCCAAGUUUUUAAGCAAAGUCUUUUGUUAAGAUAUUUUUAAUUACUUCAAAUAUUGAUGUCUUUGUCAAAAUCUCUUACCAUAAGAACAAUAGGCUUUCACUCUGUAUCUUUCACAAAGUCUAAAAAUAAAAGCUAUUCAAAACA